AUGACUACCCCAGCCAAGGUGAGCAACGGUCACACUAGCAUGAAGCUGCUUCGAUCCUGCUUCCGCCAGUCUUCGUUGACUGACUCUAUGUCCUCUUCACGCCAAAACAGUACGCAGACGCCAAGAUGGUGUUCCUCACCGACUUUGGUGAGUGUUGGGUCAGCGCAAAAAGAUUUCCUGGAAGUGCACACGGGCCGGCCAUGGCCGGUGUGGUCGCUCGCUAGGAGCCCACACGCUGCGGGCAGUGAUCACAUGUCCGAGGAGGUAAGAUAGGUGCUCUGGAGAGCAUUGACGAAGCACUCACAUCGUUCAGCCGUGUCUGUAGCAUGACUACCAGCUGCAUCUCCUCUGCCUUGUCGAUGUAUGCUCGCUCAUCUCUUCUCUCUCUCUCUCUUCAUCUCGUCAUCAACUCUAUCUUCUCCGCCCUUCAGACGGCACCAUCACCCAAGUGAGUGGCAGCACUUCAUCCAGUCAGCUUCGCAGCUCUCACUGACGAAUGGUCGUCCGGUAACAAUCACUCGCUUCUCAAAUGCGCAGCUCGACAGCAAUGGUGAGCGAUAGCCUGGCACUCUACGCACGUUGGUGCGCCUCUAACGUGUGUUAUUCAUCCCUCUCUCGCGCGCCUUUAGACCACAUGGUCGACACUGUCGGAAUGGGCUACACAGAGCGUCGUAAGAUCAACGAGGAGAUCAUCCACGAGCGCGUCUCUUACAAAGACGGUUUCAGAAAGAUGGUGGAGAGCGUACACCGCCCCUUCAAGGAGAUGGAGGAGCUUGUCAGGCGAGGUGAGUAAGGAGAAGCUUGUUGGACCGUUGAGGGCAGGAUGCUAGCUGGCGAUCGGGGGAGCGAAGCCAGGCCGCGACAUUACUCGAGACUUUUGGCCGUCAUGGAGAGCUCAGCUGUUUGGGCUUUUCGCACCGAUUGUCCAAUCUUCCGAGAUCGAAGUGGUCUUCUCUCGUUCAUACACGGGCUGCUGGGAUGUCCGCUUCCUGGCGUGGUGGAGGGCCGGACUUUGCCCUAGAUCUUGAUGAGCAGAUCGCCCACUGAGCAUUUGCCUGUGCUACUUGCAGAUGUCACUCUUGACCCCAAAUUCAAGGAGUUCCACACCUUUUGCAAGAAGCACGACAUUCCCAUCAUCGUCGUCUCUUCGGGCAUGACGCCCAUCAUCCGUAGCAUCUUCAGCAACCUGAUCGGAGAAGAGGAGGCAAACAAAAUCGAUGUCAUCUCUAACGAGGUGAACUUCACUGAUCCGGAGAAGGAGGGAAAGACUUGGGAGCUGGUCUACCGUCACCCAGACAGCCACUUUGGACACGACAAGAGCCUGAGCAUCUUGCCCUACCGCGAGCUGCCCAACCCUCCCCUCCUCUUCUUUGCCGGUGACGGAAUGUGCGUUCCUUUGAGAUGCUCAGUUCAAGUACCUCGAAUUGACGCUUCGCGCUUCUUUUCCUCGAUUCUCCAGCUCCGACAUGUCCGCGGCACGUCACGCCGAUGUGCUCUUCGUUAAGGACAAGAAGGACAAUGGUGGGUCUGCCGUUUGUCAUGACUUGCAAGGAUCUCCAUAGAUUGCAUUUGCCUUCCUCAGCUGGCACUAUCUCACCUUGUGUCUCUCUUUUCCUCAUCCUCGCAGACCUAAAGACUUACGUCGACAAGUACCAAAUCCCUUACACUCUCUUCAAGGACUUCAGCGUCGUUCAAGACCUCGUCGAGAAGAUUGUCAGCGGAGAGACUCCCAUCGACAGCUUGCGCAAGGCCAAGGACGCCACUGCCAACGCUCCAUGA